GAAGCGGCGGGAGCACGGGGGUGGCUCUAGCGGCGGCCCUUAGGGGGAUUUUAAGCGGUGAAGGCGGCGACCAAGAGGGGGCCCUCCCCCCUCCUCGGCGGGAGGGGGGGUGGUGAGCACGCCCCCGAGGACGCAGGUGUGAUUUCCCUCUUUACAGCACGGCGGCACCGUGGAAGUGCAGACUUUCACAGGGGGUGUGGUCUCUGCUCACACAGGUGCUCCAGAGGUUGGUGGACCUGAGCGGAGGCUGGGACGCCCUGGUGGGCCCCGGGCCCUGGAAGGCAGGUCCCGGUGGCUGGUGGCCCAGAAUGAGGCCAGCUCCCAGCAUGCCCUGCAGCCGGACACCAGCCCCUCGGCCUGCAGCAGUGGUGAUAAUAACCCAGUCAUUCUUCAGGCAUCCAGCAAGGAGCCUGGGAGUGGGACCAUGCAGAGCAGUCCCUCCCCUGCUCAUCCUCAGCUCCCAAUCCUACAGACACAGAUGGUGUCGGACGGCAUGACAGGCAGCAAUCCUGUGUCCCCUGCCUCAUCUAGUUCUCCAGCUUCUAGUGGGGCAGGUGGCAUCUCCCCCCAACAUAUAGCUCAAGAUUCCUCUCUGGAUGGACCUCCAGGCCCUCCAGAUGGUACCACAGUUCCUCUGGAGGGGUUCAGCUUAUCCCAGGCUGCUGACCUAAUCAACAAGGGCCCAAAGUGGGAGAAGAGCCAUGCAGAAAUUGCAGAGCAAGCUAAACAUGAAGCUGAAAUUGAAACUCGGAUUGCUGAACUUCGAAAGGAGGGAUUUUGGUCGUUGAAAAGACUACCUAAAGUACCAGAGCCUCCCCGCCCUAAAGGCCAUUGGGACUAUCUCUGUGAAGAAAUGCAGUGGCUUUCUGCUGACUUUGCUCAGGAGCGCCGAUGGAAACGAGGUGUGGCCCGGAAGGUGGUACGUAUGGUAAUCCGGCACCAUGAAGAGCAGCGACAAAAAGAAGAACGAGCUCGGAGAGAGGAACAGGCCAAGCUGCGCCGAAUUGCUUCUACCAUGGCCAAGGAUGUUAGGCAGUUCUGGAGCAAUGUGGAGAAGGUGGUACAAUUCAAACAACAGUCCCGGCUUGAAGAAAAACGUAAGAAAGCCUUGGAUCUGCACCUGGACUUCAUUGUGGGACAAACUGAGAAGUACUCGGACCUUCUGUCUCAGAGCCUUAACCAGCCACUAGCCUGCAGCAAAGCUGGCUCCUCCCCUUGUCUUGGUUCUUCCUCAGCAGCAUCCAGUCCUCCACCCCCUGUUUCUCGGCUGGAUGAUGAAGAUGGGGACUUCCAACCCCAAGAGGAAGAAGAGGAUGAUGAGGAGACCAUUGAGGUUGAAGAACAGCAGGAAGGCAAUGAUGCAGAGACCCAGAGGCGUGAGAUUGAACUGCUUCGACAUGAGGGAGAACUGCCACUGGAAGAACUGCUGCGUUCCCUCCCCCCUCAGCUAUUGGGUGUACCUUCCAGCCCCUCUCAAACACCCUCAUCUCAUGACAGUGAUACCCACGAUGGGCCUGAAGAAAAUGUUGAAGAAGAACCGUCUCAGGAUUUGGAGGUAAACCUUCCACCUUCCUCUGUCACACAGCACAACCAACAGCGUUGGCAUCCAGAUGAAGAUGAUGAAGAGUUUACUGCUAAUGAAGAUGAAGCAGAGGAUGAAGAAGACACCAUAGCAGCUGAAGAGCAGUUAGAAGGAGAGGUGGAUCAUGCCAUGGAACUGAGCGAGUUGGCUCGAGAAGGUGAGCUUUCUGUAGAGGAGCUACUACAACAGUAUGCAGGGGCCUAUGCCUAUGAUGCCUCAGCUCCAGGCUCAAAGCAUAGUGAAGAGGAAGAUGAGGGUGAAGCCAAUAGUUACGACUGUGAACUGGAGGAAACAAGAGAAGUUGAAGAGGCUGCUCAAGAAGAUAGUAGCAAUCAGUCUGAUUCUGCUGAAGAGCAGAGUGAGGAUGAGGAAGAUGAACAUUCAGAGGAAGAAGAAAUGAGUGGGAGUUCACAGUCAGAAGAGUCUGAGUCUGAGGAUGCUCAGUCGCAAAGUCAAGCAGAUGAAGAAAAGGAAGAAGAAGAUGAUGAUGAUUUUGGGGUGGAAUACUUGCUAGCUGGGGAUGAGGAAAGGAGUGAGGCAGAUGGAGGCAGUGGGCCUCCUACCCCAGGUCCCACCACUGCUCUAGGACCCAAGAAAGAAAUUACUGAUAUUGCUGCGGCAGCUGAAAGUCUCCAGCCUAAGGGUUAUACGUUGGCCACUACCCAGGUGAAGACACCAAUUCCACUUCUUCUACGGGGCCAACUCCGAGAGUACCAACACAUUGGCCUUGACUGGCUGGUUACCAUGUAUGAGAAAAAGCUUAACGGCAUUCUUGCAGAUGAGAUGGGACUGGGGAAGACAAUCCAGACCAUCUCCUUGCUUGCUCACUUGGCCUGUGAAAAAGGUAACUGGGGUCCUCAUUUAAUCAUUGUUCCUACCAGCGUGAUGUUGAAUUGGGAGAUGGAAUUGAAACGUUGGUGUCCAAGCUUUAAAAUCCUCACUUACUAUGGAGCUCAGAAGGAGAGGAAGCUCAAGCGGCAGGGCUGGACCAAGCCCAAUGCUUUCCAUGUGUGUAUCACAUCUUACAAGCUGGUGCUACAGGAUCACCAGGCUUUUCGUCGCAAGAACUGGCGCUAUCUCAUUCUGGAUGAGGCUCAGAACAUCAAGAAUUUCAAGUCCCAACGGUGGCAGUCACUGCUCAACUUCAACAGCCAGAGGCGCCUGCUCCUGACAGGAACUCCCUUGCAGAAUAGCCUCAUGGAGCUGUGGUCCUUGAUGCAUUUCUUGAUGCCACAUGUCUUCCAGUCUCAUCGAGAGUUCAAGGAGUGGUUCUCUAACCCUCUAACUGGCAUGAUUGAGGGAAGCCAAGAAUAUAAUGAAGGUCUAGUCAAACGCCUUCACAAGGUUCUGCGACCUUUUUUGCUUCGCCGAGUAAAGGUGGAUGUUGAGAAGCAGAUGCCCAAAAAGUAUGAGCAUGUUAUCCGAUGCCGGCUUUCCAAGCGCCAGCGCUGUCUCUAUGAUGACUUCAUGGCACAAACCACAACUAAGGAGACACUAGCUACAGGCCAUUUCAUGAGUGUCAUCAACAUUUUGAUGCAGUUGCGGAAAGUCUGCAAUCAUCCAAAUCUAUUUGACCCUCGACCUGUUACCUCCCCUUUCAUCACCCCAGGCAUCUGCUUUAGCACCGCCUCUCUGGUGCUAAGGGCCACUGAUGUCCACCCACUCCAGCGAAUUGACAUGGGUCGGUUUGAUCUUAUUGGCUUGGAGGGUCGAGUCUCUCGAUAUGAGGCUGACACAUUUCUACCCCGCCACCGUCUUUCCCGCCGCACUCUGUUAGAGGUAGCUACUGCUCCUGAUCCCCCACCUCGACCCAAGCCAGUCAAGAUGAAAGUCAACAGGAUGCUGCAGCCAGUGCCUAAGCAAGAAGGCCGUACUGUGGUGGUGGUGAACAGCCCACGGGCACCCCUUGGCCCUGUCCCAGUCCGCCCCCCUCCAGGCCCUGAGGUGUUAGCCCAACCCACCCUUGGUCCAGUACCCCCAGUGCUGCCAGCACCACUCAUGGUGUCAACUUCGCCUGCUGGAACCCCAGUUGUUCCUGCAUCCCGGCCAUCUGGACCUGUUCUCUUGUCUCCCUUGCAGCCAACUACUGGUCCUCUCCCCCAGGUGUUGCCAUCCCCCAUGGGAGUCAUGAGUGGGACCUCACGGCCUCCCACACCAACCCUAUCACUGAAGCCAGCCCCACCUGCCCCAGUUCGCCUGAGCCCAGCUCCACCUCCAGGCUCUUCUAGCCUGUUGAAGCCCCUCACAGUGCCUCCAGGCUACACUUUCUCUCCUGUUGCUGCUACCACCACUUCUACCACCAUAGCAACUGUUACCACUACAGCAGUGCCAGCUCCAAAUUCUACACCACAACGCCUCAUUUUAUCUCCUGAAAUGCAGGCUCGUCUGCCCUCUGGAGAAGUGGUCAGCAUCGGGCAGUUGGCCUCCUUGGCACAACGUCCAGUGACGAGUGCUGGGGGAAGCAAACCUCUCACCUUCCAAAUCCAGGGCAACAAAUUGACUUUGACUGGUGCCCAGGUGCGCCAGCUGGCUGUAGGGCAGCCCCGCCCGCUGCAAAGGAAUGUGGUGCACCUGGUGUCAGCAGGGGGGCAGCACCACCUCAUCAGCCAGCCUGCCCAUGUGGCCCUCAUCCAGGCCGUGGCCCCGACCCCUGGCCCCACCCCUGUCUCUGUGCUGCCUUCUUCGACCCCCAGCACCACCCCUGCCCCCACUGGCCUCAGCCUUCCGCUUGCUGCUAACCAGGUGCCGCCAUCCAUGGUGAACAAUACAGGCGUGGUGAAGAUUGUAGUAAGACAGGCCCCUCGGGAUGGACUGACUCCUGUUCCACCACUGGCACCAGCACCCCGGCCUUCAAGUUCUGGGCUUCCAGCUGUGUUGACAUCACGCCCUACAUUAACCCCUAGCCGUCUAACGACACCAACUCUGGGCACUACUCGUGCCCCCAUACCAACACCUACUCUGGUGAGGCCCGUCCUCAAGCUGGUCCACAGUCCUUCGCCUGAAGUCAGUGCAUCGGCGCCUGGAGCUGCUGCCAUGACCAUCUCUUCUUCUCUGCACAUGCCAUCCUCACUCCCUGGACCAGCCUCUUCUCCACUGACAAUUCACAAUUCCUCUCCCCUUGCUAGUCCUGUGUGCUCUACAGUCUCAGUCCCUGUGUCAUCUUCACUUCCCAUCUCUGUCCCUACCACACUUUCCACCCCAGCUUCUGCUCCGCUAACCAUUCCCAUCACAGCCCCCUUGCCUGUUUCAGAUUUAGGUCCGGCUUUGUUGACCAGUGUGGCUCCAGCACUGGCUGUUGUCUCAGCAGCCUCUGGACCACCUUUGGCAUCAGCUGGCGUUCCCCCAUCAGUGUCAGCCUUGGCUCUAGGUUUGGCUACUACUCCAGCCCUGUCCCCACCUCAGACAUCUGGUCACUCUCUGUUGUUGGCGACCACCUCUUCACAUGUUCCAGGAUUGAACUCAGCUGUGGCCCCAGCAUGUUCACCUGUCCUGGUGCCAGCUUCAGCUCUGACCAGUCCUUUCCCAGUAUCACCAAGUUCAGCUCCAGCUCAGGCUUCUCUUCUGGCUCCAGCACCUUCUACAUCUCAGGCAUUAGCCACCUCUCUGACUCCUAUGGCUGCUUCACAAACAGCAAUCCUGGGCCCUUCUCCAGCUUCUCCUUUGGCUCCACUUUCAGUCCUAGCUCCUUCACCAAGCUCUGUUCCUGUUCUGGCUCCAUCACAGACUCCAAUUCCAGCCAUAACGCCACCAUCAAUGCCAGGAACCCCUUUACCUUCAUCAUCACUGGUAUCAGCCUCAACUCCUGUGAUGGCUCCCUCAUCAACUCAAACUGUGGUAUCAACCCCAGUUUCAUCACCUCUUUCAAGUCAGACAUUGACCCUAGCCCCAACUUUAGCAAGUCUUGGUGGAUUGUCUCCGUCUCAGACACAUUCUUUGGGAACAGGGAGCCCUCAGGGGCCAUUUCCAACUCAGACAUUGUCAUUGACUCCAGCAUCAUCCCUGGUACCACCGCCAGUGCAGACACUGUCUUUAGCACCAGGAGCACCACUGGGUCCGACUCAAACACUGUCUCUGGCUUCAGCACCCUCUUUGGCUCCAAGUUCUCCAAUAGGCCCAGCUCCAGCUCACACACUGACUUUGGCUCCAGCAUCAUCGUCAGCUUCACUCCUGGUCCCAACUUCGGUGCAAACACUGACCUUGAGCCCUGCCCCUACUCCUGUGCCCACUCUGGGUUCAUCUACCACGCAGACUUUAGCACUGGCCCCAGCCUUAACACAGGCUGCAGCUUCCCAGGCGUCUUCCCUCGUCGUUUCAUCAUCUGGUGCCGCUUCCAUACCUGUCACCAUGGUAAACAGGUUAUCUGUUCCCAAGGAUGAGCCUGAGACACUGACUUUGCGAUCUGGUCCUCCCAGCCCUAUUCCCACUGCUACCUCGUUCAGUGGGCCCCGGCCUCGGCGCCAGCCCCCACCACCACCUCGUUCCCCUUUCUAUCUGGAUUCUCUGGAAGAAAAGCGGAAGCAGCAACGAUCUGAACGCUUGGAACGGAUUUUCCAACUUAGUGAGGCUCAUGGGGCCCUGGCACCUGUGUAUGGGACUGAAGUCCUGGAUUUCUGUACCUUGCCCCAACCUGUUGCCAGCCCCAUCAGCCCUCGUUCUCCUGGCCCCAGCCACCCCAUCUUUUGGACUUAUACUGAGGCUGCCCAUCAGGCUGUACUGUUUCCCCAGCAGCGUCUAGACCAGCUGUCAGAAAUCAUUGAGAGGUUCAUCUUUGUUAUGCCUCCUGUGGAGGCACCUCCCCCUUCCCUGCAUGCCUGCCACCCACCUCCUUGGAUGGCCCCUCAUCAGGCAGCCUUCCAGGAACAAUUGGCCAGUGAGCUCUGGCCUCGAGCCCGUCCUUUGCACCGUAUUGUAUGUAAUAUGCGUACCCAGUUCCCUGACUUGAGACUCAUCCAGUAUGAUUGUGGGAAGUUGCAGACAUUGGCAGUGCUGUUGCGGCAGCUCAAGGCAGAGGGCCACCGGGUGCUCAUUUUCACCCAGAUGACCCGGAUGCUGGAUGUAUUAGAGCAAUUUCUCACCUAUCAUGGUCACUUAUAUUUGCGUCUGGAUGGGUCUACUAGAGUUGAGCAGAGACAGGCCUUGAUGGAACGGUUCAAUGCAGACAAACGCAUAUUCUGCUUCAUCCUUUCAACUCGAAGUGGGGGUGUGGGUGUGAACCUGACGGGAGCAGACACUGUUGUUUUUUAUGACAGCGACUGGAAUCCCACCAUGGAUGCUCAAGCCCAGGAUCGCUGUCAUCGAAUUGGUCAGACUCGGGAUGUCCACAUCUAUAGGCUUAUCAGUGAACGAACAGUAGAGGAGAACAUUCUUAAGAAGGCAAAUCAGAAGAGAAUGUUGGGAGAUAUGGCCAUUGAGGGAGGGAACUUCACUACAGCCUAUUUUAAACAGCAGACCAUCAGAGAGCUGUUUGAUAUGCCUCUGGAAGAGCCACCUGGCUCAUCUGCAUCUUCUGCUCCUGAGGAAGAAGAGGAGGCUGUGGCCAGCAAGCAGACUCAUAUUUUGGAGCAGGCAUUGUGUCGGGCAGAAGAUGAAGAAGAUAUCCGUGCAGCCACCCAGGCCAAGGCUGAACAAGUGGCUGAGCUUGCAGAAUUUAAUGAGAAUGAUGGGUUUCCUGCUGGUGAGGGAGAAGAGGCCAGUCGGCCUGGGGCUGAGGAAGAGGAGAUGUCCAGGGCUGAACAGGAAAUUGCAGCACUUGUAGAACAGCUGACUCCUAUUGAGCGCUAUGCCAUGAAGUUCCUAGAAGCAUCAUUGGAGGAAAUAAGCCGAGAGGAGCUCAAGCAGGCAGAAGAACAAGUGGAAGCUGCCCGAAAAGACCUGGAUCAAGCCAAGGACGAAGUGUUUCGACUGCCCCAAGAAGAAGAGGAAGGGCCAGGGGCUGGGGAUGAGAUGUCUUGUGGGACUAGUGGAGGCAGCCACCGGCGCAGUAAGAAAGUCAGGGCUCCUGAAAGGCUGGGGACUCGUGUCAGUGAGCGUCUUCGUGGAGCUCGGGCUGAGACUCAAGGAGCAAACCACACUCCUGUCACAUCUAGCCAUCUUACCUGCAACACCAUCAUGCCUCCCCAAUGCAGCCCUGUGAGAGAACGAAUUCCCAGGCCAGUGCCUAGGCCUCGACCUGCCCCUGCUCCCGCCCCUGCCCCUGCUCCCGCCCCUGCCCCUGCUCCUGCUCCUGCUCCUGCCCCUGCCCCUGCCCCUGUCCCUGUCUCUGCCUCCACUCCCGCUCCUACUCCUGCUAUAACUUCUGCUCUAGCCCCAGCUCCCAUACCCAUUUCAGCCCCAAAUCCAAUAACCAUUCUUCCUGUCCACAUCUUGCCUACUCCUGCACCUCUGCUUCAGCUUCCUCCAUCUUGUUCUCCUAAUUGCAUCCCUUCUGCUUGUGCCCCAAUACCCACUUGUGCCCCCUCACUAGCUCAAACCUCUCAUUUGACCUCUUCACCAGCCCUGCUUGAUUCCCUUCCUAUUCCCAUCUCUCCUGGAGUUACCAAUCUUCCCUUGGACUCAGGAGAUGUGGAGCUGUGUGCACAAGAGUUGGUACCUAUGGAGUCUCUAGAACUGCCUGGAACCGCCAAUUCUGAGGCUUCCCUAGUUAGCCUUGCUCCCCCAAAUGAUCUUUUGCCAGGGCCUGUUGAUAUUCUGCCUGAGUCAGAGAAGAAUUUUCUAACUCCUGUACCCAGUUCAAACCUGGAGGCUGACAGCAUCCCCAAUGGCCAGGAGCAGGAGGUGCCAGGUCCUGUCGAGGGGACCAGUCCCACACUACUACCUGGUAGUGAGGAGUUGACCACGAGUCUGAAUGAGAGCAAUGGGCUGGAGCUGCCACCCUCAGCAACGUCUGAUAAGCCACUUCAGGAGGUUUUGGAGGUUCACAGAAACUUGGAAAAAAUGGGAGAGGUUCAGAUCCCAAUUUCUAACCCAGAAAAACCACAAGAACUUGUUAGAGCUGAGGUUAUAGCCCCAUCAACCUCAUCUUCAGCCACCUCCUCUCCUGAGGGUCCUUCGCCUGCCCGUCCCCCACGGCGUCGCACCAGUGCUGAUGUAGAAAUCAGGGGUCAGGGGUCUGGCCGGGCAGGACAACCCCCAGGUCCCAAAGUGCUUCGAAAGCUACCAGGACGGCUAGUAACUGUAGUAGAGGAGAAAGAGCUUGUGAGACGGCGGCGACAUCGGGGAGCUGCCAGCACCCUAGUUCCGGAAGCUAGCACCAGUCCAGGAAGCCCAUCAGCCCACAGCAUAUCAGGGCCAGAAUCUUCACCUCCCAGCAGUGGGCCCUGUGAAGCUGCUCCAUCAUCCUCACUGUCCACCCCAACCCAGCAUCCCUUAAUAGCUUGUCGUCACAUUGAACUGGGUAUGACUGGUGGGGGCAGCCCAGAGAAUGGAGAAGGAGCAGAACUUGCCAUCACUCCACCUGCUGUGAAACGUCGGAGGGGGAGGCCCCCUAAGAAGAACAGGUCUCCAGCAGAUGCUGGGAGAGGGGUGGAUGAGACACCUUCAUCCGUCUCUAAGGGGAAGACCAAUGGGGUUGACCCAGUUCCUGGGCCUGAGGCAGUAUCUGUUGCAGAGCCUGCCCUCAGGUCUCAGGUUGUUCCUGGACCCCAGUCUCUUGGACCUGUACCAGUUCACAGACCAGAGCCCAUCCUAUCACCUGUGGAGAAAAGACGACGUGGGCGUCCCCCUAAAGCAAGGGAUUUGCCUGUUCCUGGGACCAUAUCCUCUCCAGGGGAUGGCAAUUUAGAGAGCCGGACACAGCCACUCCCUUUCCCAGCCACCCUGACACCACUCCCACCACUCCUAGCCUGUCCCACUGCUGUCGCCAACACUGUCACCACUGUCACCAUUUCAACAUCGCCACCUAAGCGGAAGCGGGGUCGACCUCCCAAGAAUCCACCAUCACCACGGGCCAGCCAGCUCCCUGUCUUGGACACCGACAGCCCUUCUGUCCUUGAGAGUUGUGGAUCGGGCGUGCGGAGGCAACCCCUGGGCCAGGCGGAAAGUGAAGGCAGUUCCUCUGAUGAGGAUGGAAGCCGUCCUCUCACCCGCCUGGCCCGCCUACGGCUUGAAGCAGAGGGGAAGCAGGGAAGAAAGAGUGAAGGGUCCAUGGUGAUGGCCGUAAUUCAGGAUGAUCUGGAUUUAGCAGAUAGUGGGCCAAGUGGGUUAGAACUGACACCACCUGUGGUCUCAUUAACUCCCAAAUUUCGGUCAACCCGUCUGCGUCCAGGGUCUCUAGUUCCCCCACUAGAAACUGAAAAAAUGCCUCGCAAAAGGUCAGGGGCUCCAGCCGGGAGUUCUGGGAUGGCAAAGCGGGGCCGCUUGCAGCCCCCAAGUCCCCUGGGGCCUGAGGGUUCAGUAGAGGAGUCAGAGGCAGAAGCCUCAGGUGACGAGGAGGAAGGAGAUGGAACCCCACGCCGCCGAACCGGUCCCCGCAGGCUCGUUGGGACCACCAACCAAGGGGACCAGCGUAUCCUGCGUAGUAGUGCUCCUCCCCACCUAUCUAUCCCUACUAUUAGUCACAGAGGUCGCAAGGCCAAGACGUGAGUGGGUAGGCCCUUCACCUAGGUAUUCCACCAUGGUUGCUUCCCCACGCCCAGGCCUGACUCUGUUAACCACUACUUGAAGUCUGAGGGGAAAAGCCUCCAGGGAGACAUAGGGGGCUGUCUCCCUUUCCACCAAAGUAGGGGGUAGGUAACUGGUUGUCAUGGAAAUGGGGCUUAUCACAACCCCCCUUCUACCCUACAUGGCUGGGCAGUGUUAAGGGUGGCAAGGUAGUCUCUGACCCCACCCCCUUGUACUUGAUUCCCCAGCUGUCUUUCACAGCCUCAAACCCUUAGGGAAAAGGGGGAGGGGCUUUUCUUCAAUGAGGUGGGGUGGGUUUGGUUUUUUUUUUUUUUUUUUUAAAGAAAACAUAAUAAACUUAG